AGUUCCAAGGUUAUUCCCUCUAGAUGAUUACAUAUUACAAAGCAUAUUUUAAUAGAUGAAAAUCAAUAUAAAAAGCUUUUCAGUCUGCAGCCUUCCUACAGCAAAUGGUCGUCUAGGGCCUUAUACUGUGAGUAGCCAAGAUAUUGCAUCGUCGUUCUUUCCCUCUUUGACCAUUUCUGUCUUUAUAAAUGCAUCAUUUGCUUGCAGGCUGUGGAAAUGGGCUCGUUUCCCAAGUCAGUUAAAUGCAGAGGAUAAUCGGGGCAUUUCACACACGUUUUGGUGACACCAAAAUAAAUGAUAAGGAGGAGAUGAUAAUUACUGAAGCCCAACCCUCACCACACUGCUAAAGCAGAUGACUGCUGUAAAUAGACAACACCCGGUUUCUGCGCAUGGCAGAUGAAGAGCAAUCAUCACCCCGUGUUUUUUUUUUACUGUGUUAGUGAGGAAAAAACUCAACAUCAGUCAUCAAAUGCUUCACUUAAUUGUAGAUCCACGUGCCCGAGCGCGCGUCCGUUGUCAGGGAGGAGCGUCUUAAACAUCAUCGUGUUUUUCAUGUUUGUUUCGAUUUUGAUUUAGUUUUAGCAUUGAACGUCAUUGUGUUACAGAUGGGACUGUGUAUGCAUUGUAAACAAAAUGUAUACUUAUUAUUAAUACGAUUAGGAUGAAUCUAUUUUUUAAACAUUAAUGCAUUAGGAAAUUACCGUGGGAACUUUAAUGUAAUACAGUUUGGUUUAUUUUAAUUCAGUCCAUCACUCUCAAUUAAGUUUAUUUUUUAACCCUUUAUAGGAAAAAGUUUGGGCAUCCCUGCGCGAGCUUCCGUUGUUAGGGAGGCGCGCUCUCUCUGUCGUGUGCGCGCUCGCUCGGCGAGGAGACUCUGGACCAGACUCCUCUACACGCGGGACCGCAACGAGUAUGGAAAACUGACUUUAAACGGGAAUUUACCGAUUUACCAAAGAAACAAACAACUACUACAGUCCUGAUCGGUGGACUAUGAGUGAAAGAUAGAGGAAAAUGUUCAGUUUGUGAGGAAACAACAGUUGUGGACCGCUGUUAUAAAGGUUCAUCCUUUACUGUUCAGGUACAGCCACAGGAGGCCGAAACCUGGACGAUUCACACCGGAUUCAGUCAUGGAUCUUACGCUAGACAUACCCUGCAGAUGUCCUCGCUGUGGUAAGGGCUUCUUCAAGAUGAGUAACAACUGGAACUCCACCAAGCUGCUUGGGGUGCUGAUGUUAGCUAACUUCCUCAUCUACAUCGCGGUGGAAGUGUCCCGAAGCCACAACCAUGACCGAAAUGCCUUCAAGAAAAAUAAAAUGAUACCUAAGGAGUUCUGGAAAAAAACGAAAGUCAGUACGGCAUUCUGGAACCGAGAGCAGGAGCGUCUUGAUGACAUCUACUAUCUCCCUCUUGUGAAUGCCAGUGAGCUGCCUCCUCAUUUUCGGGGAAUCCCACGUUGGCUGAAUCAUUCAUGCAAGCAUGAUGUUAAUGUGACGGCACAGAUUGAGGAUUUCAAUUCUCUUCCGCAGCGAUUCCAAGACUUCCUGUUGUACAUGGGAUGUAGAUCGUACCCCUUGAUAACACGCGCACCAAAGGUGUGUUCUAAACCACCAUACCUUUUGCUUGCGAUAAAGUCCCUUGCGCCACAUUUCGACCGCCGGCAAGCCAUUCGGGAAUCGUGGGGACGAGCUGGAAUCCUCGAUGGUCAGCGCAUUGCUACAGUUUUCUUACUUGGUAACACGGCUUCGACAGAUCACUUCCCAGACUUAUCCAACAUGGUCAAACAUGAAGCGGAGUUAUACGGCGACGUCCUGCAAUGGGAUUACCGCGACACGUUCUUCAACCUCACGUUAAAAGAAGUCCUAUUUCUGGAGUGGUUUGGUUCACAUUGUGCAUCUGCGCAGUAUGUCUUCAAAGGCGAUGAUGAUGUUUUUGUCAACACACGCCAUAUGUUGGCUUACCUUGCCAACUUUUCGAUAUCCAGCACACAGGAUCUAUUUAUCGGCGAUGUGAUUACUAAUGCCGGACCUCACCGGUCCAGACAACUGAAGUAUUACAUCCCAGAGAGUGUGUUUACUGGAGGUUACCCUCCGUAUGCGGGUGGCGGAGGAUAUUUGUAUUCGGGUAGUGUUGGAUUGAGACUGAGAAAGAUCUCCCGUCUGGUCACAUUGUACCCAAUUGAUGACGUGUACACGGGGAUGUGUCUGCAGAGGUUGGGACUGGUUCCGGAGAAGCACUCUGGCUUUAAGACAUUUGACAUUGAGGAGAAGCACCGAGAAAAUCCUUGUGCUUACAAAGGUUUGAUUCUGGUCCAUCCCAGGAGUCCACAGGACAUGAUAAAGAUUUGGUCUUGGAUAAAUGACCCUAACGCAAUCUGUCACAUCACAUCAACACCCAAGACUAAAAAAACAAAAUACACCCCAUUAUAAUGAGUGAAAUUACUAUGCUGGAUGCGGCACUCCAAGACACCUGGUUCUUUCCAAGUCACAUACUUAUGCACUGUUCUACGUCAAUUUGUAACGUAGUCCAAGUAGUGCAUUCACACUCAGAAAUCUCAAAUAGAGUAAAUGCACUUCAAUUUGCUGGAUGAUGUGCAUUACGAUUUGAUGUCCACAGUUUUAUUAUGGAGAUGAUUACGCUGCCCGAUGAGGGUGAAAGUCAGGGGUGUCCAAACUACGGCCUGCGGGCCAUCUGCAGCCC